AUGAAAUCUAUUCUUUUGGUUCUGGCCGUCUAUGCGGUGACUUUGGUCUCUGCAUACAGCAACUAUGGCGCCUAUGAGAGAGUCUUUUACUGGUACGCCUACCAGGUCGAUGCCGACGUCCACAAUGGGAUUCCUCAGAUCAUUGCCCCUUCUUGUAAAGGAGCGAAAGGAAAACGAUGUAACUUUGUGGAAUUCAUCACCUACAUUGAGAAGGGAAAAGCGGGUACGAAGCCGACGGGGUUUACCGACGAUAUGACCAUCGAUGCGAGAGCUCAGAGGCUUUUCGACCAACAAUUUACGGGCACAUACGAUGGAAUGAGAAUCAUUCCAGGGCAAUCGGAGGAUAAACAGGCUGUUACAAGGCUGAUGAAAGCGAUUGGUACAAAAUUUCGAAAAGAAUCUUUCCUGGAGGAGGCAGAAAAGAAAAGCCAGGUCAACCUCAGUCAAAUGAGAACGGCUAUCAAGCGCGUGCAUUUCCUCCGAGGCGCGGAAUAUUCAGUGGAUUUCAAAAGGGGAUUGGAAGACAACGGCAUUUCUGUGAGAACGAAGAAAAAGCAGUUCCGGUUCAAUAUCAACGAGUAUGCGGAAUUCGUUGAUGUCAAAGGGACGCGGGUUGCAAAUCCAAAGGUUAGUCAAGCGGAAUGGGACCAAUUAGUAGCGAAGCUCUAUAAAAAAGAACCUGGAGUGGAUGUCGACGGAAAGCUACCAAUCCAUGCCGCACUUUAUCUAUCUGUCAAAGAGACCAUGGAGAAUAUUAUUGUUAGGCCGUGCAAAUCUGCCUAA